GGCUGCUGGGGGCCGGGAUGGGAGCGUUGGGCUGCGUGGUUCGCGCGGCUGCUCUGCUGCUGCUGUGCGGGGCGCUGGCAGGUACCGGCCCGGCGGGGCCUGGGGCUGUUGCCAUGGUAACGCUGUGCCGCUCUCUCCCCUCAGGGAUCCUCCUGCCGCCACCUGCGCAGGCCGCCGCCGCCGCCAUCUCGCCGAAAUGCUACUUGUAUAGUUUGCUUGGAUGUCCAAAGAACUUUAACCCGGUUUGUGGGACUGAUGGGCACACAUAUCCAAAUGAGUGUGCACUUUGCCUUUCAAACAGGGAAAAUAGGAGGAAUGUCAAAAUUAGCUGGAAGGGAUACUGCUAAUAUGGUGGUAGUAUUCUUCGGCUUUCAUCUCUUCCAUAUUCUUCAAUCUGAAGAGGAAACGGUGUCUUAAAGUUGCCUUUUAAGUAGUUUUAGACUAAUUAAAUAAAAUGCUUAUUUUGCUCUCUUACCACUUUUGAAUACACCUAAUACCAUUAUUUUAUUAAAAUAGUAGUCAUGUUUAUGAAUAUACCUGUAAGAUUCAUUUA